AAAGGAUUGAUUUCUUUAAAUUGUUACUUUAUUUGUUUUUGCCCUACUACAGGACCAUGCGAGAUUGAUUUUCUCAGGACGCAUUAUUUAUCAAGAUCUCUUGUUUUUUGACAUGGCAAGCGAUCGUUCCUUCCCUCGACGUGAAAGAUGGCGGUGGUUUUGUGGAUUACAAUGGCGACUGGGACUUGUCAUUAUAAUGACAUGUGCGGCGCACGGAGUGGACGCCCAGAUUCAAUAUUCUGUUCCAGAAGAGAUGAAGAAAGGCUCAGUCAUCGGUAACGUAGCACAAGAUCUUGCUUUGGACGUGAAACGGCUCCGCUCCGGCCGUGCACGCAUCGUGACAGGAGAAAACAUCCAGUACGCGGAGCUGAGGACAGACAAAGGGCUUCUCGUCGUGAGUGAGAGAAUAGACCGUGAGCAGCUCUGCGGAGACGUGACGCCCUGCAGCCUCAGCUUCGAAAUCAUUUUAGAAAAUCCAAUCGAGCUUCACAGGGUCACCGUCGAAAUUUUAGACAUAAACGAUAACACGCCGUUUUUCCCGAAUAAGGACAUUAUGUUUGAAACGAGCGAAUCGGCUGCAAUUGGCGCAAAAUUUCCUGUUGAAAGCGCAUUCGAUCCUGACGUGGGGCUAAACGGAUUGCAGAAUUAUAUUCUAUCACCAAACAAUUAUUUCAUUCUGAAGCAACAUGCAAACCCAGACGGCAGUAAAUACGCCGAAUUAGUGCUCCAAAAGCCUUUAGACAGAGAGGGGCAUCCCAGCCUCUUAUUGAAAGUAAUAGCCGUAGAUGGCGGAACCCCGCAAAGAUCUGGCACUGUCAAUAUAAAUAUGUUCAUUUUAGACGCAAAUGACAACGCCCCUGUGUUUAACCAAACACUUUACAGGGCUGCCGUGGUGGAAAAUGCGCUAAAGGGAACAUAUAUAACAAGCGUUAACGCCAGUGAUGCGGACAUUGGCUCUAAUGGCGAAAUAUUAUUCAGUUUUGCAAAAAACAAAGGAAGUACAGUCAAUAUGUUCAAUAUUGAUGAAAACACAGGUGUGAUUUCAGUUGCAGACAUCAUUGACUAUGAAAAAGAGAAAAAGUAUGAGCUCAGGGUGGAGGCCAGGGAUCGAGGAGGUUUAACAGGGACGAGUAAAGUUAUAAUUGAUGUUAAUGACGUCAAUGAUAAUGUUCCAGUUAUAACCAUUAUGUCGUUUUCCAACACGGUGUCAGAAGACGCCCCCCUUGGCACAACAAUAGCUGUUAUUAAUGUGAAAGAUGCUGAUUCGGAGAAAAACGGACAAAUUCGAUGUUCAAUUGAUAAUAAACUCCCUUUUAAAAUUCAGUCAUCAUUAACUAACUAUUAUAAUUUGGUGUCAGAUAAACAUUUGGAUAGAGAGGUUACUCAUGAGUACAACAUAACGGUAACUGCUACUGAUUCAGGGACUCCACCUCUGUUCAGCUUUGUUACUCUGCAACUUAGAAUACUGGAUGUAAAUGACAAUUGCCCAGUAUUUGAUAAAAGCUCAUAUUCUGCUUACAUUAUGGAGAAUAAUUUGCAGGGAGCCUCUAUAAUUGCUGUUUCUGCACAGGACUCAGACUGGAAUCAAAACGCCAGGAUAUCAUAUUUUUUGGAGGAUACACAAAUCAGUGGUAGCCCAGCUUCUCGUUACGUGUCCAUCAACUCUGAUACAGGUGUUCUGCACGCAGUUCAUUCAUUUGAUUAUGAACAAAUUAAAGAAGUUCAGCUAAAUGUCAAAGCGCAGGAUGGAGGCUCCCCUCCACUCAGUAGUAACGUGACUGUGAAAAUAGUGAUCCAGGACCAGAACGACAACACCCCUCAGGUUCUGUACCCGGUCCAGACUGGAGGCUCUGUGGUGGCUGAGAUGGUUCCUCGUUCAGCAGAUGUGGGCUAUCUGGUGACUAAAGUGGUGGCUGUUGAUGUGGACUCUGGACAGAAUGCCUGGCUCUCCUAUAAACUGCAGAAAGCCACAGACAGGGCGCUGUUUGAAGUGGGUUUACAGAAUGGAGAAAUAAGAACUAUCCGCCAAGUCACUGAUAAAGAUGCUGUCAAACAAAGACUGACUGUGUUCGUGGAGGACAACGGGCAGCCCUCUCGUUCAGCUACAGUCAUUGUUAACGUGGCGGUGGCGGACAGCUACCCUGAAGUGCUGUCAGAGUUCACUGACUUUACGCACGACAAGGAGUACAAUGACAACCUGACUUUUUACUUAGUGCUGGCUUUGGCUGUAGUUUCCUUUCUCUUCAUCACGUGUUUAGUGGUUAUUAUAUCAGUGAAAAUCUACAGAUGGAGACAGUCUCGCGUCCUGUAUCACUCAAGUCUCCCGGUGAUUCCAUAUUAUCCACCACGUUACUCAGACACUUUGGGGACAGGGACUCUGCCACACGUGUACAACUACGAGGUGUGCAGGACGACUGACUCCAGAAAGAGUGAGUGUAAGUUCGGCACAGCUGGUAGUCAGAACGUGCUGAUAAUUGACCCCAGUUCUACAGGAACCAUGCAGCGGAUACAGAGUGAAAAGAACAUCCUGGAUGAACCAGACUCUCCUCUAGAGGUGAGUUAA